CCUUUCCACGCUCCAGACCCACAGCCACAUCAGCGGGACACUUUUUAAUCAAACAACCGCUCCGUUAACUCAUCCUGCGUUUACCGGCGGGCUUUCUGUCUUUGUCCAGCCGUUGAGAACCAUCGAGGGAUUAACCGGGAGCACGCGGAGGGAUGUAACGGUGCCGUUAAAGUUGAAGACACGAGAGAGAGAGGCUGAAUCAAAGCGGCUCCUCCGGGGCUCUCCCAUCACGCUGAGAGAGCUGCUGUCCCCGCCUCUGAGGCCAUGGGCUGCGGGUUGAGGAAGCUGGAGGACCCGGAGGACAGCAGCCCCGGGAAAAUCUACUCCACGUUAAAGAGACCGCAGGUGGAGACCAAAACCGACACGGUCUACGAGUACGUGCUGCUCGACUUCAGCCUGGAAGGUAGCCGUCCCACCGUGCAGUAUGUGUCCUCGCUCUCUGAGCUGCCACAGGCCCUGCAGCCGUAUUACACUCAGGGUUACGUCCUGGCCGCGCUGCAUCCCAUCAUCCUGUCUGUGGGUCGAACGCGCUCGCUGCCCUUCAGCCUGCUCUACAGAGCCAUUCUCGCCCGUCCAAGACCCAGUAAGCAGAUGGCGUCCAUGUGUCACAGCGUGCCCAUGUUAAAGGUGGAGGAGUGGCCGUUACCUGGAGAGUCUCUGACGGGUGACACGGUCAGAGCGCUCAUUGACAGGGUGAACAGCAGCGCUCGAGGGGGCGUUCGAUUCGUCGGCUCAGUCCUCCAGCAGGUGAGCGGGAUCACCAACGGCAGAGUUCACAGUCCGAAGAGGAGCUGUCGAUCUCCUCCACGUACUCCUCCUCGAACCCCGCCAGGAGACAGAGAGCUGGAGGAGAACACCUACAGUCCAGACCUGCGUCUGCUUGUCUUCUUUCACUCCUGGGCUCCCGGCUGUGCCCCUCUGGACUCUCUGGCCUGUCAGUACCACCAGGGGGCGCUCUCUAUGCGCGUGUCAAGGAAAGGUCAUGUGGUCAGCGCUCUGGAAGCUGAUUGGCUGGAGCUAACUGCUGCAUAUUAUCGUAAAGGCUGGUCAUUGGUGGACUCGUUCGUCUACUGGGACACUCCCAGAGGUGAGCCGGUGCCCAGGUCUCUGGAGGGAUUGUUCGUCUAUGAGGAGAGGAGCACGUCUCCUCCUGCCAACGACACCAUCGUGGUCGAGCAGUGGACCGUCAUCGAGGGCUCUAAUGUAAAAACAGACUACGGUCCACUCCUUCAUACGUUGGCUGAGUUUGGCUGGCUGCUCACCUGUGUGCUGCCCACGCCCAUCAUCAGACACGACAGCGAUGGAAACUUGGCCACCAAACAAGUCGUGUUUCUGCAGAGGCCGGUCAGAGGUCAGAGUUCCGGACACUCCAGGAACCAGACUCUGUCUGUGCACAGCGACGUCUCCAGUCGCUCCGUGAGUCGCUCCGUCAGCAGCUCCGUCCCCACAGAAGAGCUGUCCCCCACGGCAGGGGGCAUCGGGGGCUUCCCCGUAUUUGGAGGAGGUUACCCCAGCGCAUUGUCUCACCUGGAGGAGGGGGGCUUCGAGCAGGAGGAGGGGAAAGCUGAGGUCACCUGUAUGUGAGGAGGGCCGACAGACGGACAGAUGCAGCCUCGCUCUGAGAGGAUUUAAAACGCUGAUCCAGACUUUCUUCAUUCCACCAUCAUGUCCGUCAUCCAUCUCUUUAUCAGAGACUUCAACACCGAAAAACUCAGCACUUUUUAAAAAAUGUUUUUUUAAUGAAGCCAUAAAAUGAGGUUUGAAUUACAAGUGUUCAAAACUUUUAUACAGAUCUGUCUUUGGGAGAAGUUUUACACAUUUUAGAGCAAUUUACGGGGAUCAGUUCAUGUGUUCAUGGGGAGCUGUAACAAAACUACAGAGCACAAACACUUUAAGCACACUCUUGGAAAAAUGCAGUUGGUGAUACACUUCAGUAUAAUUAUUUCUUUGGGAUACACAUAUUAAAUCAAGUUUUAAUUUACAAAAUGCACGCCUCACUGAUUGAAAAAAAGCAGAGAUUAGUCUUCAAUGUGUAAAGCCGGGUGUAUACUGUGUGAUUUCAAGCCGGCUCUCUCAAAGUUGUGGAGGAGCAUCAGCCUACACUGGGCCUGAAUCGUUUAUGACACACGACCAACAAGUCAGAUUCUCAUUAAUACGGUUCAAGUAGCUACAUACAACAAUAAAAACACCUUAAUUAUCUGUUUUAACACAUUAACAGCGUCACCAGCAAACACAACCAGCAAGUAGAUAAUAACAAAUAUUCUGUCAGCUGGUUUUAGUGAUGGAUCUUUUGGUUCAAGAGUCAAUUCUCUCAGCUUACAAAUGGCUUUGUCUGGCUUUUAUAAAAUUAGCCAAAUUUAGUGGCUAUGCAUGAUGAUAUCAGCAUGAAUUGGUACCAGCAAAUAUGCAAAGUUCUGCACAUAUUUAUGGUGGAGUUUUAGUCAGCUGAAGUCUCUCUUUUUCCAUCCUCAUUCCUUAAACUUUUUAAAGAUGUAUUUUUGGGCUUUUUAUACCUUUUAUUGAUGGAAGUGGACACUUGAAAAAGUUGCAAACAGGGAUGAGACUGGGAGAGAGACAUGCAGGAAAGGAGCUGCAGGCUGGGCUUGAACCAUCCGUGCACAUUGGGUGCGACCAAACUGCUCAGCCAUCUGCGCCCCACAUUCCUUAAACUUUAAAGUUUGUUUUAAGGACUAAAGUUUUAGGUCUGGACUGUUUAUGUAGGUUUUAAUUCAUAUGUAUUGGCUGAACUGACCUUGCAGCAUGUAAGCCUGUGUUUGAACAGAUGGUGUAAGAUAAUUCCUUUAUGCUGAGGUGUAUCAAAUUAAAAUGAACAUGAGUCAGCUCUUAGAUUUCUUCAUGAACGACAAAUCAUUAUUGUCUGCUGGAGGUCUGUAGUUAGGCCUGUGUGCUGUAUGUUUAUUUCUUAUUGUUGGGGAAGGCCCUUCAAAUAAGCGUGCCUGCUGUUGUCUCGGUGAUUGAGACGCUGUUCAACAGUUUUACAUGGGGAAUAAAAAGGCCCUAAAGUUGGGAAAUCUGCUUGCUCGUGAUGUAUGAUAUUGGGCUUUUGCCAAUAUCCAAUGUGCUGAUAUUUACUCAUUUUUGUCAGUGCUGAUAAUAUAUACACUCCUUUAGUAUCCUAAAAACACACCAAGCGUCCUCAGUGUAAAGAAAGGCUGAGCCAAGCAGAGCUGAGAGGGAAGUAGACAGUCUGAUAGUUGUUUUGAUACAGCUGAUGUAUCAGCUUUGCACAGUCAUGUGCAUUGUAAGUGUGUAGGGCGCUAAGGAUUCAUCAGGGGGCCCGAUGUGCCACAACCUGGUGCUGGAGUGGGCGGCUGCUAGAGUCAAGCUCAACACAUGUUGAUAAACAUGUGUGUUGCUUUAUAGCCAAGAUCAGGCUUGACUCCAUCUCCUUUUAUUCAUCUCUUUUCACCUCUGGUAAACACCCGGAGUCCGCCGGUGGUUUUCGGGCCCUUGGGACAUCCACAGCAUGGCCAGGGGCUCAUGGCAAACCUACUACCUUCCAGGACGGUACCCCAGGCUGUGCUUACUGUGCCACAUCCACUCCUUACUCCGCCAUUAAGGUGUGGAGUCUGCUUUUUCAACAGAUUAUUUUCCCAUGUCUCUGGUAACAUGCAAGGACAUCCAGAGCACGAGGGUUGUGUAAAUUCUCCUUCCAAUGGUGCCCUCAGGCAGCUUACUCCCCACACCUAUGCCUUACUAUAGCUUCAGUUUUUGGCCUAAACAUGCCAUGAUGUUCUGCACAGUACUGUGUAGCAACAGAAAUUUCAUAUCUGCAAAUACCAAUAUGUAAUCUUUUAAGUUGGUAUCUGCUGAUUUCCAUACGAUAACAUCACGCAUCCCUUCUGCUCAUGGUUCUGCUCUCACUGCAGGAGUGUGACCAGUAGUACAACUAAAGUAUCAAACAUGGCAGAACUCCAUCCAACCAGUCAGGAGCAGGUGAUCGGGCAGUCAUGUCCUCAUGUAAACUGGUCCAAGUGAGUUAGUAACUUAAAAUUCAUGUUUGAAUCAGACUUAAAUCACAGAGUGUACACCUGGCUGAGAAUAACAUGAGGUCCAGCUAAAACAUUCCUUUCAUGAAUUCUCUGCAAUAUUCUUGAUCAUUAAAGGACUGUAGAUUUUAUUUUUAAAUCACAUUUCAAAAAGUUUCACUGAAUUAAACACAACAAACAGCCAUCUUAAUGAAAAUACAUGUUCAGAGAAACGUUAUCCCCUGCAGAAAGCCUUUCAUACUGGGAUCAGAAUAUUUAACAGACGGUCUGUGUCUCAGUAUUUUAAGUACAUCAGUGUUAUUUCCCUAAAGAAGAGGCCAUAUCAUCUUUUAUAUUUCAUGAUUCUCCUCCAUACGAACACCUGCCUCCAUAACUCUAUGGAAUGGUUUUAUUUCUCAUGCAUAUCUUUAAAGUAUUUAAAUAUUUGAUCAGCCAUGUUACUGUUGUACAUUUGUUUUCUGCAAACUGCUGCUUUACCACCUUUAUGGUACUUCCUCUUUCAUGGAUGAAGUUCUUCAGAAAGUAUUAAGACUUUUUUUUAGUAGAAACUCCAUUGAUUGAACACUCUGAGGUGUUUGAAAGUGUUUCUGUGGAUGUUGGAAAAGUCAAAGGAAGUAUUUUGUUGCUUUAGAAGGAAAUGCCAAGUCUUGAGUCUGUUGGUGUAAAGAUGUGGGGUUUUAUGUUAAGAUAAGAAACUGUUUAAAAAACACCUAAAUCUUUGACCAAGCUUGCUGCGGUUUAGUUGCAUUGUGGGUAAUGUAGGCAGCAUGCUUUGAGAAGGAAAAAGAAAGUGUAAUUCAAAAAAAGAGGGUGUUAAGGAGUGAAACUGCUAAUGUUUGAAGCCCUGUGUUGAUGCUGUUAAAGGGACACGCUGCUGUAUAUAUUUUAGACAUUAGUGUUUUUAUUUCUGCUCGCUGUGAUGCAUGUUGGUAGGGUUUAUGGGAGAAAGGGAUCAAAAACAGCUGAAGUAUAUUUUAGAUAUUUCAGUGUAUUAAAAAGCUUUGAUUCAUGAUGUGGUUUAAACUAUUGUAGCUUCAUCAGCUCAUCAUCAGGGUUUAUUUACUAAAUGUCAGUAUUAAAAUUCAAACCUUUCCUUUUGGAAAGUUGUAAAUUUUUGCUUCCUUUUAUUAUCAUUGGUGUUUUUUUAUUGUAUUAAACACUCAUUUCCCAUGGUCCCUGACUCCUGUCUGAUUUACAACCUCUUGGGGAUGAACAGUAAUGUGUUUGCUUGGACUGUGCAGUUAUGGCAAGAGUUAUGAUGUCUAUUUAGAUUUAAAUUGAGGCUAGGAUUAUUAAACAUAAUUACUGUAUAUAUUUGAAUCAUGCUCCUUUAUUUUUUUAACUUAAAUAUUUCUAACAUUGUCAUGUUAAACACUUUGAAAAGCAGGCAACCAAUAGAAGUAAAUCAGAGAAAUAGUUGUAAAUAUCUAUUAAAAAUAAGUAAAAAAGCAAAGUAAGAGCAACAGUCUGCAGUACAUCAUUUGAUCUGGAUUUUCUGGUUUUCAUGAUUGUGUAAAGUUACAAUUAAAACAUGAUUAAUUUCCUGACUUUAGUAUCUAUU